AUGCAUGACACGGUGAUGCCAGAUGGAGGCCAAGUGCCCGAAGAGGUCCGACCUGCUCCUGGAAAGAGGCAGUAUAUUGACCUGACAAAGUACGAGGGAGAGGAAGAUGGGGAAGCCCAAGAAGCACCGGACGCCAAAGAGUAUCCACCAGGCCGCUACAAAUGUUUGACUCAGUGGGUCAAUAUCCAUGAACAGCCGGACGUCUCCUCGCCUGUCCACGGCCGUUGCCUUCAGAAGGAGGAGCUUUCCUUCCUGGCUGUCAAAGUGUUUGGAACAGAGCUACGCGGGCUCGCAGAGCGUGGUGGCUGGAUUUCACUGGCCAGUGGGGCAGGCAAGCGUCUUUUCGAGAAGAUCUCGGAGCUAGAUCCCGAGCCGCUGCAAGGGCGCUACCGCAUCAGGGUUACCAGUGCGCCCGUCUUCGAAGCGCCUUCUGCUUCUGCUCGGGAAGUUGGACAUCUGAAGGCGGGCGAGGAGGUCAGCUUGGAUGAAGUUCGCGUCGAGGGCGACGGCGCAGAUGUCUCCGUCAUGGGCAGGCUUGCUCGGACCGCGGGAGGUCUUUCUGGAUGGGUGACCGUCUACGCCUCCGGCCCCGUGGGUCUGGUGUGCGAGCAGAUUGUCGAAGGCUACAACGAGAAGCCCCGCAAGCCACUCAAAGGCCAGACUGGCCAUCAAAUGAUGCUGGUUUCGGACAUGGUGCUGCUGUGGGAUCCCGGCUUUAGGGAGCACCUCGAGGCAUAUGCCGAAGACGAGGACUUGCUGAAGCGCGAGUUUGGGGAGGCUUUCAAGAAGCUCACCGAGCUCGGCUGCCCUUGGUCCAAGGAUGCUCCUGGUCCAGCUACUGGCUGUGCAGCGGUCACAGCUGGUCGCUGCCCUUUUGUGCAGUGA